AUGCCGGCGAUCCGGCGAUCCGGCCAGCAGCUCGCUUCGUUCGCCGGCGCGUGCAUACGCCGUGGGACUGCGACCCUUGGCUCGGGGCCAACCCUGACGAUGCAGCUGGCAGCAGCAGCGGUUUGGCGGGCAGCGGGCCAAAAAGUCUUAAAGAGGAUAAACUCUCGCGUCGUCGGGCGCUUUCCCACGCCUCGAUGUUCGACGGCAACAGCAGACUCAGGCUCAGUCUCAGGCUCUAGCAGCAUAGUACCAGAACCCUCGGAAGCUAAUCUGGGUAUUAGCGCACCACCCCCACCUCCACACCAACCACAUCUGCCACGGCGCCUGCACUCCAACACCGCUCCGGCCGCCGCCCAACAGAAGCCCGCCCUUGAAAAGAACGGUCGUGCUGCACCUCAAUCUCCGAUCCGCCCCGAUCGCACCACUCUCGCCGGUUGGUCAGCUGCUGCGCUGCAUGCAAUGGUCCCAAUGGCCUCGUAUGCCUACAGCACCUCAUCAUCAGACGUCUCAACCCCCCGAUCCGCAUCCCCAUCCUCGGCCGGCUCAGGUCGCUCAGCCUCCUCCCGCACCUCUAUAUCUAAUCGCAUGUCCAUUUCCUCCGCCCGGAGAAUGUCUGCCAUGAACCCCCUCUCCACCGUCGACCUCUCCGCCAUCGAGGAGGGUAUUCGCGUAGCCAGCCUCGACCAGCUCCGUGGGUACUCACAAAACAAGUUCGCCGGAGAGGUUCGCCAGAUCCGCACCACGGAAUACCUUCCAAUGUCUCAAGCCGCCGGCUACCAGGUUCUGAGGGAACCGGUCUGGAACAAGGGCCUGUCCUUUGCUCCCGAGGACCGCGUUGCCAAGAACCUCACUGGACUCAUCCCGCACGUCAUGGAGAGCCCGCAAACCCAGUGCGAGCGCGCCAUGAAGAUGAUCCGCACCAGGUCAACCCCCAUCGACAAGUACCUGUACCUGUCGUCCCUCAAGGACCAGAACGUCGACCUCUUUUUCCGCCUGCUCAUGGACAACGUCCGCGAGCUGAUGCCCCUGGUCUACACCCCAACCAUUGGCGAUGUCUGCCUGCAGUACUCGAGCCUGUACACCAGGCCCGAGGCCCUGUACAUCUCGAUCAAGCAGCGCCGCUCCAUCAAGACCAUUCUGUCCAACUGGCCCUACCCCAGGCCCGAGAUCUGUGUCGUCACCGACGGCUCGCGUAUCCUGGGUCUCGGUGACCUAGGCAUUAACGGCGUUGGCAUUCCCAUUGGCAAGCUUUCACUCUACACUGCGGCUGCCGGCAUUGACCCGUCCAAGACGCUUCCCAUUGUCCUGGACACGGGCACCAACAAUGAGGAGAACCUGAAGGAUCCCCUCUACCUGGGCCUGCGCUCCAAGCGCCCAGCGUUCGAGGCGGAGCAGGCUUUCAUGGACGAGUUCAUGCAGGCCGUCAAGGAGGUGUACCCCGACAUGGUGGUUCAGUUUGAGGACUUCCAGAGCGAGAAGGCCUUCGACUACCUUGACCGCUACCGCACCACCAAGUACAACGCUGCCUUCAACGACGACAUCCAGGGAACUGGUGCCGUCGUCCUGGCUGGCUACAUCAACGCCGUCAAGCUGUCUGGUGUCCCUAUUGAGGAGCAGCGUCUUGUCUUCAUGGGCGCUGGUUCGGCCGGUGUUGGUGUCGCCAAGCAGGUGAUGGAGUACUACACCAGGCGGGGCAUGUCGGAGCAGGAGGCCAAGGACAAGUUCUUCCUGGUCGACAGCCGCGGUCUGGUCACGGCGGACCGAGGUGACAAGCUCGCGGCCCACAAGGUCUACUUCGCCCGUAGGGACAACAGUGGCCACCAGUUCCAGACCCUGGAGCAGGUCAUCGAAUACGUCAAGCCGAGCGCUCUGAUCGGACUCACGGCCACCUUUGGCGUCUUCACCGAAUCGAUUGUCCGUGGCCUCAAGGCCUCGGUUGAGUCCGGCGGCCGCGGCAGGAGACCCAUCCUGUUCCCGCUCAGCAACCCCUUGACCAAGGCCGAGUGCACCUUCGAGCAGGCCGUCAAUUGGACUGACGGAACCGUCGUCUUCGCCUCGGGCUCGCCCUUCGCUCCCUACACGGUCAAGAACGGCGACCAGCCAAUCACGUACCUGCCCAACCAGGGCAACAACGUCUAUGUCUUCCCCGGCAUCGGUCUCGGUGCUAUCCUGGCCAAGGUGUCGCAGGUGACGGACGACAUGAUCUACACGUCGGCCGAGGCGCUCUCCAACUGCCUCAACGCCGAGGAGAUCCAUAAGGGCCUGAUCUACCCUCGCAUUGAGCGUGUUCAGCGUGCCAGUCUGAUUGUGGCCCGCGAGGUCAUGAAGACUGCCCGCCGCAACGGUGUCAGCAAGCUGCCCGAAGCACAAUGGAACGAGUGGGAGGAGUGGGGUGACGUCUCCCUGGACAAGUACAUCCUCCAGAGGACAUACAAGCCGUUUGAGAACUAAGGGGGUAACAUUUGCUUGUUGCUCUCUGAUCUAGUCUCAUUCCACCGACUUGCUUCGGAGCAGUCCUCCCUUCCUACGAAAUAUGGCGGUGCAAAAGCAAAAGGGAAACCCCGAUAAUGAGGCGAUAUGCCAGGAAGAAAAUUGGAAGGGGGCGAUAAUCAUACCCUAGGCGGCGUUUGAAAUGGUGCUUUUCUUUCCCCUUUUUUUUUCGUUGCAAAUCUCUGCCUUGGGGUGGCAGCCGCACUCCCACGAAACCUUUACCAGCCAUAACCGUUGCUUAGACUUCUACCUUAGAUGAUUCCCCCCUGCGGACGCUAGCUCGUCCCAGCUCAUAUCUACCACUUUUAACUUGACAACAUUGGUAAUCUGCCGCAUUGUUCUCGUGCUUUGAUGUUGAAUUUGUUUGCUCCCAGUCAGAGCUUCAGCCUGUUUAUGCUUGAUGGUAUCAGUUGAUCUUGCUGCUCGAGGAGGGACAUGUCUGGGCUGGGUGGCAGUUGUAGAUGGAUACCUAUGGGAUACGUCCUGGGUUGCCCGCUCACUUGAGGCUUUCAAACAAGCAAUAUUUCCGACGAUCGGGCAUGGGAGAGUGAAUAAUGCACAACCGUGCUAACAUCUUUACCCUCCCUAAGAUUUCUCGAACGUCGGCCCAAUCGAUAUUAUAAGUGUUUCCACUUCCUCUCUCCUCAACACUGUAGCAUGUCGCAAGAUGGCACUGUCGUUCUUAUCUUGCCCAAAGCACCAGUUCGACAGAUGUUUGAGCUGGCUGACGACGAGAGAGUUUGGGAUGGUCACCGCGGGAUCGUUGGAGGCGUAGGUCCUGCAGAUCCAACCGAGGCAUUUCCCGGCCUUUUGGUUGAAGCAGUCGCCCUUCGCCAAGAGGAUGGGCACAUCGCCGCGGUCGGCCCAUUUCUGGAUGACUGCCUGGGCGUCUCGCAACGAGAAGGUCCACCGAGGGUCAGAGUACACCUGUUGAUCGCUCAGGGGUUUAGUCGGGCCGGCUGUGAUCUGCCUAGCUUGGGCGGGGCGACCACCAGACGGACAUACCGCACACUCAUACUCAUCGCCUGCCUUCUGCAUCCGGGCAGUGUUCACGAAAGGGGACCGGCCCAUGUCCCUAGUUCCGGUGGGCUCGGCGGCGGCGGCGGCGAGGCCGACGGCGCCGAGACAGGCGAAGAUGGUGUUGGUCCGCAUGGGAGUAAGGUGGCAGAUGCGCCCUAGAACUUUCCGUGGGGGUGGAAGGUAUCGAAGUUCUGACGGCGGCCGGCAAGAGCUUGAGGAUGGGAGGCAGUGCCGCCUUAGCUUGCUUUAUACCAACGUGGGCGCCUACCUAUUGGUAGGUACCUACUGUACCGCUGAGCCGCAAUGAAUUCGCCAAGGGUGCUCCGAGGGAUGUAAGCAUUAAAUCUCAGUCUGGGCGUGGCGCGACUUUGGAAUUGGCAGAAACAUCAGUCCGAGGCAGUCAAGUAUCGGGAUCAUCAGGUAAAGGCUCGGCAUUGGGAUGCGGCAGGAAGAGCGGGCGCACCCAUCCAAUGAGUCUCAGCAAGGCCGGAACAAGAAGGUGCUGAAAGGGCUCGUUCAAUUCCAGCAAAGGGCCCAGACUCUUCACUCUUCACCCUAGAUCAAGCUGGUAGAUCAACAAAGCGUCAAACCUAAACAACCCAUUGUUUCUUUCUCCAUAAAGCCUUUUUGCUACCCGGGGUUCUUUGUGUUUUACAAAGUGCUCCUGGGCAGAUGGGGGUUAUAUACGUACUCCACAUCAGGAAAGCGCGACUUCCACGCGCGGCGAGGUUGAAUCACUCAAAAUCCAAAGUCAUCGACGACAGUCUCUUCAACCAAACAACCAACAGCCCACAUUCUGAGCGUACCAUCAGUUCAUCAAGCAAUCAAGGAAUUACUUGAUUUCUGCCCUUCCCUCGUGUCGGCUGGCACGCGCGUGUGCGUGUGCUGGUGAGAGGUUUCACCAAGCGCACAAACCAGCACACCACCAACGGGAAGUCGUCAAUCCUCGAGAAGAGACGGGGUAGUACUGACCGGGCCUGACUGUCGACGCAUCUGUCCAGACGACGAGGAAGAAAAGCGGCAGGAGCAAGGAGCAAGCACCUCCUCCCUCUUGGCCGGCAAGACGACCAGAACCAGAGCCAGAGCCAGAUAGGGGAGGCCGGACAGUUCCGCUCCUUCCCAAGUUGGCUGUGCUCGCUCUCACUUUGCUCUGAUCUUGACCUCACUUCACGGCUAGAAACAGAGAAGCAGGAAGAACAGCGACCGGCACACCUACACGUCAUUCACCCCAGUGCCCGCCCAAUCUUUCCUUCCUUCCCUCUCCAUCCCGCCUCAGAACUCGCACCAAACACAAACAGCAAACACAGCCAAGAGUCCAACAACCCCCUGCACAAGAAAACGAGACCAAAAGUCGAGCCGAGAAAAACGACUACAAAGCCAGAAACCCCAUCGCAGCCAGCCAUGGCACCAGGAGGAGGCAGGCCCGGCGCGGACUGGACGGCCGCCUACAUCAUCAUCGGCGUCGGCAUCCCGGUCGGCUGGGCCGCCGCCGUGGCCCUCGCCGUCGUGCUCGAGCGCCGCACCGCCCGCCGGGGCGCCAGCCAGAUCGCCGCCGCCACCAUCGCCACCCUCUCCGACCUACGCACCUACCACCACUGGGAUAGGGACCCCGAGGC